AUGUCUUCCCCGAGCAAACGCCGAGACAUGGACCUGAUGAAACUGAUGAUGAGUGAUUACAAGGUGGAGAUGAUCAACGACGGCAUGCAAGAGUUCUUUGUGGAAUUCCACGGACCUAAAGACAGUCCCUAUGAGGGUGGUGUGUGGAAGAUAAGGGUGGAGCUACCUGAUGCUUAUCCUUAUAAGUCUCCAUCUAUUGGCUUUGUCAAUAAAAUUUUUCAUCCUAAUGUUGAUGAAAUGUCUGGUUCUGUUUGCUUAGAUGUUAUUAACCAGACUUGGAGUCCCAUGUUUGACCUUGUUAAUGUGUUUGAGGUGUUUCUUCCUCAACUUCUUCUGUAUCCCAAUGCAUCAGAUCCAUUGAAUGGUGAUGCUGCUGCCUUGAUGAUCCGAGAUCAUGCUACAUAUGAACAAAGAGUCAAAGAAUAUUGUGAGAAGUUUGCCAAGCCAGAAGACAUUGGAGCAGUAGAGGAGAAAGAUUCUAGUGAGGAUGAGCUGAGUGAAGAUGAUUAUGCCUCUAGUGAUGAUGCCAUUGUCGGCCAACCUGAUCCUUAG